AAUGCGGCGCCGUGGCGUCACGGCCGCCGGCCAGUCGGGUCGGCAGGCCGGCAGUAGGCGAGCGACCGUGCCAUGUCGGCCAGCGGCGAGAGCGCCGAGCUGUCCGAGCGGCGGCCGCGGCACGACGCUACUGACGACGACGACGUCGACGACGCGGGCAGCGAGAGCGAGGGGGAGGAGGAGGGGGAAUGCGCGGCGGCGGCGGCCGCGGAGGCGGUGCUGGCCGCCUGCGGGGGCGGCUUCGGCGGCGUGACUGUGAGCCGGUCGCGGGAGGUGCGCGUGGGGCCGGCCACCUUCUACAACGCGCCCAUCCACAUCGAGCACCUGGUGCUGGGGGACCGGCCACAGCCACCGGCCGCGGACGUCCUGGCGCUCGGCCUGCCAGCGCAGCAGCCGCAGCUCAGCAGCCUGAGUAAUGUCAAGCCGCACAGCGCACUGUGCCCGUGGCUGGCCAGCCCCGGAGAGUCCCACUGGAGGCUGGUGCUGUGUGUGGCGAGCGCCGUCGCAGCGGCCACCGUGAUCGCCAUCCUGGUCAUCAUACUCCGACGCAGCGACGGCAAUGCCGUGGACACCCGCCCUGCUAGACCUCCGCAAAACACGAGCGGCAACCUGACGGUGAUCGCCGAGAGCGAGUGGUCGUCGCAGGACAUCCGAGACCGGCGCGUCGGCCUGUCGCUGCCCGUGAAGUACGUGAUCGUGAGCCACACGUUCUCGGAGGAGUGCGCCGUCUACGACGAGUGCGUGCAGCUGUUGCGCGACUUGCAGCGGCUGCACGUGUCGGCGCGCGGCUACUACGACAUCGCGUACAACUUCGUGGUGGGCGGCGACGGCUACGUGUACGAGGGCCGCGGCUGGAACUACACGGCCGAGCGGCGGCCGCCCUUCACCGACAACAGCGUCACGCUGAGCCUGGCGGGCCGCUUCACGCAGGGCCUGCGGCCGCCCUCUGACCUCCAGAUGGCGGCGCUGCGGGCGCUGAUCCAGGAGGGCGUGCGCCGGGGCGCCGUCAGCGACGGCUACCGCCUGUUCGCGCUCUGCCAGGUCGAGUACAACCAGAGCCCCGGCAGCCUCGCCUACCGGCUGGUCAAGAAGCUGCCGCACUGGUCGCUCUAUAGCGGCGCCGCCCACGCCGGUAACUGCACCAGCUAGAAACCGCUUGCUGCAUGUGGGUUCCCUCCUACAUAUCAUUAUCGGCAGAAAUAUUCCAUACGGAAGUGCCAUUGGUUAUAACUUGUGCAAUAUCUGUCUCUUCAUAAUCUUUGUGUAUGCUAGGAAAUAAACAAGCAAUUGUUUGUGCCAA